GUAAUACGCAUGCGUAUUUGCAUCUUAACGAAAUAGUCGUAAACAACAUUUUUUUUCAAUCCAGAACCCUCAAUAGUUUACGUAUAGUAAAGUAACGGGGGGGUUAAUCGAGUUAGUGGAUGACGUUUUUUUGCAUUUUCAAUGGAUUUUCGAAAAAAUAUGAUAUUUUUCGGAUACGAAUGGUACCCAUAAUUCCUGCAUUUAUGGCUCGUUGGUAUGCGGUGACGUCAUCCGGAUCGUUCUGGAAGAGCCCUACAGGACAAUAAUGGCGGAUUUGUUUGCGAAAUACAACUGUACGUAUUGUCAAGAGGAUAUUACAGGAUUGCGUAUAAAAUGCGUCGAAUGCCAAGAUUUCGACCUAUGUUUGCAGUGCUUCUCAGCUGGAGCUGAAAUUGGCCAACACAAAAAUGAUCAUUCUUAUCAGUUUAUGGAUUCUGGUACUAUUAGCAUAUUCAAUGGACGAGGUAAUUGGACUGCAAAAGAACAACUUAGACUUUUGGAUGCUAUUGAACAAUUUGGUUUUGGAAAUUGGGAAGACAUCAGUAAACAUAUUGAAACUAGGACUCCGGAAGAAGCGAAAGAAGAAUACAUUGCUAGGUAUUUGGAGGGCAACAUUGGAAAACAUACAUGGCCAUCUACGGAAAGCUAUACCCCAAAUCUUACGGAUCAAACUAAGUCAGAUAAUGGACCACUGUCGCCUGAUCUCACAUCUCGGUUACCUCCAUUAGAUAUAACACCGGAGGAAGCUGCUCAACUGGGCUAUAUGCCUCAACGAGAUGACUUUGAAAGAGAUUAUAAUCACGAAGCGGAGUCUCUCGUUUCUUCUUUAUUUUUAAAUCCUGCAGAGGACGAUGAUCUCGACAUAGCGCUUAAGCUAGCACAAGUCGAUAUGUAUACUAAUAAUUUAAGAGAAAGAGCUAGAAGAAAACGCGUUGUACGAGAUUAUCAACUUGUGUCUUCUUUCUUUGCAUCUUCUAGAAAAGAUAGAGGUGGAGUAAAGAAGCGAAGAACGAAGGAAGAGAGAGAAUUUCGAGACAGAAUGCGCACUUUUGCACAAUUUUAUACGGCACAGGAAUACGAGCAGUUCCUAACAAAUCUUGAAAGAGAAAGAGAACUUCGGUUACGACUCUCUGAACUUUAUCGUUAUCGGGAGCAUGGCAUAGCAAGACACGAAGAAUGUGCUCAUUUUGAACAAAUGCUAGCACAGGCUCAGGGACAAAACGAUGCUGCAGAACACUGGACAGAAAAAAAAUCUUUUCUUUUUGACACUCUUUGUUCAUGCAAAUCCAUACAGAAGGAAUGUAAAACAACGUUCAGAGCUUUAAUUAUACUGGCAGCAGUGGGCCGUCCACACCAAUACAUCGCCACACCUCAAAAAAAAAGAGAAGAAGAAAAAAAUUACUCUUCCACCGACCGAAAGUCCACUAUAAAAGUAGACACAGCCAGCAGCAGCUCCACAAUGAAUCAAAUCAAUCCCAAUCGGAUGAUGAUUCCAACCAGUCAGUGGGUGGAGCAGGAUAGCAGCCAACAUUCAACGAGUUCAAAUUCUACAAUAGAAAAAAAUUGCAACUUAGCGUCAUCUUCUUCAAAAAUACUCUCACAUUUGGGAGAAACAGGAGAACGAGAUAUAGAAAUGGAGGCAUCGGCGCAUCUUUUGACGAAACAAGAAAAAUCAUUGUGUCUUCAGUUGGACUUGAAGCCGAUGCAAUAUUUAACGCAAAAGACAUUGUUGUUACAAGAAUAUCUCAGUGGUAAUAAAAAAUCAGGGAUUAUACCUCAAUCAGAACCAGAGAGUAAGAUACUUCAUUAUUUGGUAGCUAAUGGUUGGAUUGCAGCCAAUUGAUCGAUUAUCGAGACAGAAGUUAUGCUCAUUUUCCAAUUCUAAGUCAUCCUUUAUUUUAUUAAGUCGUAGAUGUGUAAUGAUAACAUGAGUAUAACUUAAUAAUUAAUGAUUAAGAGUUAGAUAGAAAAAGAGAGCAUAUAUUAAGACAUUUCUUUUUCUUCGACUACGUUUUUUCUGAAACAAUGUUGUGUCUCAAGUUAUGUUAUGAAGUUUAUUGAAAAUGAUAUUGCUGUUAUCAUGACCGAAGAAUAUUGGGGGUAUGCAUGUAAAUAUGUAAAUGCACGCACAUAUCGUUAUAUGUGUAUGUAUAUUUAUCGAAACGAGUCUACCACUUUUAAAUUCAAAAAUGAUCUAGAGAGAAUAUUUUAUAAUACUGCCUUCUUAGUCACUGUAUAAUGUUCUAUCGAUUCUUCCAUAUCAAAUCUUGUUGGUUUUUUUUUCUUUUUUCUUUUUUCAUCUUUCUUUCUUAGACCAUAUUGCUGCACAUAUGUAGAAUAUCGUUUAUUUUAUUUCAAUAUUAUUUGUUACCAUACUUGACAAUAAGGAAAAAAUACUAAUUUAUGUGGAACAGUCUCCAAGGACACCAACAAGUAUCUGUGUAAUUGUAAUUUAUGAAAGUAUUCGCUGUCGUGCUUGAAGAUCUGAAAUAUAUUCUAUCACACGUUGAAUUAAUUCUUGCUUAUAAGAUUUUCAACAGAAAAGAAAAAAGAGUACGUAAAGCAAAGAAAAAAGAAAAACAAUAAAAAAAAAAA